AGAUUCACAAACAAGUACAACCAAGUUUCAUAUCAAAUUCUCUCUUUUCAAUAUUAAGUUUCUUGCUACAUUUUAUUUCCUGGGAUCAGACACAAAUGGGUAUUCUUCGCCAACUUUGGGAAUGUUUCAUUGAUUGUUCAAGACCCAUAGAGAAACGUAUUCCUAAGAAGACUGUUCAUGUCAGGGUGAAAAUGGACUGUGAAGGUUGUGUAAGGAAAGUUAAAAAUGCAGUGAAAGACAUGGAAGGGGUGGAGUCAUAUAAUGUAAAUCAAAAGCUACAAAGGGUAACAGUGACUGGAAAUGUAGAUGCAAAGGAGGUCCUAGAAGAAGUGAAGAGUACAGGAAAAACAGCUGACAAUUGGCCAUUUGUUCCAUACAAUUUAGUGGCUUAUCCUUAUGCUCAAGGGGCAUAUGACAUGAAAGCACCAACUGGUUUUGUCAGGAAUGUUCCUCAAGCUGUGGGUGACCCCAAGUCUCCAGAGAUGAAGAUGAUGGUGCUUUUUAAUGAUGAUAACCCAAAUGCCUGUUCAAUCAUGUAGUAAUUUCAUAUUCUACUAUCAGAAGUCUCUUUCUUUGUAACUUGUGUUUUCUUUCCCACUUUGUAACUUGUGUUUGCAUUCCCACUUGUAAAUGUUAGGUUUUGCCACUUGUAAAUGUGAGGCUGUGUAUAUUUUGUGAAAAUAAUAAAUUUUUAGAGAAAAUAAUUGUA